AUGCACAUUACUUUGUUUGAGUUUAUCACUUCUAUAUUUUUCCUUUCAUCAAUUCCAGUUUCGAUUACAGCUGCAUAUCAGUACGACUAUGACUGGGUAUCUCGCCAUCUUGGAGCCCGAUCGCCAUAUAACCAGGAAGCUGGGGGUAGCAGUGACUCUAUCUUGAACGAAUACGACAUUGAACAAAUCCAAAUCGUCUUUCGGCAUGGUACACGACAACCCAACGAGGGCGACAAAGAAGACAUGGUUCGAUUGGCCCAGGUGUUGUCAACUAGUAAUAACGAUACUGUUUCUUGGGCUAGCAAGUUCAAUCCCGGUGACUAUCCAGAUGACCAAUUCGACCAACUCACAAAGAACGGUGAACGAGAGUUAUAUGAGAUGGGUGCUCGUAUGGGCAAGAAAUAUGCCGGCUUGCGGUCACAGCUCGUUGAGGAUGACAAAGGAUUAGCCCACCUGAAAAACAUUGCCAGCGACCAUUCACGUACCGUGCUCUCAGGCACACAGUUUACCAAAGGAUUUUUCGAGGGCAGCGGCGUUGAUAACGUUCCCAUGACAAAGAUCAGUGCUGAACAAGAUACAACGAUAUACUCGAUUACUAAUUGUCCCGAACACGGCGAGGAGGUUGGCAAGACCCCAAAGAAGGAAAUGCAUAAAUACCUCGACAAGGCCUAUCCAUCCAGUGCAGAGCGUAUAAAUGCGGAUUUGGGAGUACAGAUAUCGGCCCGUGAUGUAUAUUAUAUUUCGCUUUCAUGCGCCUAUGAAGCAUCCAUCUACCACCGCGUCGAUACUUUCUGCUCGCUCCUUACGAAAAAAGACUUUGCCAUUUCUGAAUAUGCGUUUGACAUCAAAUACUCACACAAGUACUCAUACCCGUUUCCGAUCAAUUCGUUGUUGGCCUGCGAUUUGGUCAAGGAAAUUGCCGCCGAUUUGGACAGUGGUUUCCAAGGGAACCAAGACGCACCACUUCUUUCGCUCAAGCAUGGUCAUUCCAUGACAGUGUUGUCAUUGGCAGACCGUCUUGGUAUCCACAAGGAUGAUUUCCUUUUGAAGGCCGACGCUUCUCAAGACCAGAUCGAUAGCCGCUUGUUUCGAACGUCGGAGGAUGACAUGUAUGGUGCUAAUAUCAUGUUCCAGUUAUUGAGCAAGAAAGGAACCAAAGACAAAUUUGUCCGUAUUCUCCUCUCUGAAGUGCCAACAGUCUUGCCUGGUUGCGAUUCUGAAGUUUGCCCUUACGAGACCUUCAGGAACGUUGUCGAGCCGCUGCUUCAGUGUAAUCGCGAACAAGCCUGCAAUGGUGGCGCCCAAAGAUAA